ACAACCACUACCCCAACUACAACAACCACUACCCCAACAACAACCACAACCCCACCAACAACAACGACCCCAACAACAACAACCACAACCCCAACAACAACAACCACUACCCCAACAACAACAACCACUACCCCAACUACAACAACCACUACACCAACAACAACAACCACUACCCCAACUACAACAACCACUACCCCGCCUACAUCAACCACUACCCCAAGUACAACAACCACUACACCAACUACAACAACCACUACCCCAACAACAACAACGACUUCUCCAACUACAACAACCACUACCCCAACUACAACAACCACUACCCCAACUACAACUAACACUGCCCCAACUACAACAACCACUACCCCAACAACAACAACCACUACCCCAACUACAACAACCACUACUCCAACUACAACAACCACGACCCCAACAACAACAACCACUACCCCAACUACAACAACGACCCCAACUACAACAACCACUACCCGAUCUACAACUACCACUACCCCAACUACAACAACCACUACACCAACUACAACUACCACUACCCCAACUACAACAACAACUACCCCAACUACA